UCGCUGUUGUCAAAGAGUUCUUCUUCGGCGGUCAGUCAGCUGGGAAUGACAACAUCGUCCAAACACUUCUUUUCUUCACUUCUACUUGAUCGCAAAACACAGACAAAAGAAGCUGUGUGCUUCUGGACUUGAGGGUCCGACUUGAGAGACGUUGAGUCUUUAUGAGCCACUGGGAGCUGGAGCAGCAACAUGGCAGAUGACAAAGAUGUGCUGAGAGAUGUCUGGUUUGGCCGGAUCCCAGCCUGUUUCACUCUCAACCAAGACGAGGAGACAGAGAGAGAGGCGGAGCCUUAUUAUCUGUUGUUGCCCAGGGUGAGCUACCUGACGCUGGUCACCGACAAGGUGAAGAAGCACUUCCUAAGAGUGAUGAGGGCCGAAGAUGUGGGGGAGAUGUGGUUCGAAUACGAAGGGACGCCGCUCAAAUGGCACUAUCCUAUCGGUGUUCUGUUUGACCUUCAUGCUUCCAACUCUAUCUUGCCAUGGAGCAUCACUGUGCACUUUAAGAACUUUCCGGGCCAGGACCUGCUCCACUGCAUGUCCAGCUCGGUCGUGGAGGCCCACUUCAUGUCCAGCAUUAAAGAAGCAGACGCGCUCAAACACAAGAGCCAAGUCGUCAACGACAUGCAGAAGAAGGACCAUAAGCAGCUGUGGAUGGGUCUGCAGAAUGAUAAGUUCGAGCAGUUCUGGGCCAUGAACAGGAAACUGAUGGAGUAUCCCACUGAGGAGGCGGGAUUCCGAUACAUCCCCUUCAGGAUAUACCAGAACUUUACACAAAUGUACCGGAGGUUUCAGGUGCACAUUUUUCACACAAAGCCUCACCUGCUUGUGCAAGCCUGGAAGCGACAAACACAGCCUCUUUGUUUCUGACGGUGUCGUAAAAACCCCAUCACCGCCUUGGAAAAACACGAGCGAGUUUCUGAGAAUUAUGUGACGUUGCUUUUAAAUAAGCAGCUGUCAUUUGGAGCCUUUUCGGAAGCUGUAAACAUCCAGCGCACUAAUUCCUUGCUCAACUCUCUGGCUUUUAAAUAAGGACCCACAAGGCUUGUAUGGAGACUAAACUACAAGAGGGCAUUUUGGUGCCGGAAGUGUUGGACAUAAUCCUACUAGUUGGGCCUUGUAGUGUUAUGGUUGAGUUUGGUAGUUUGCUCGGAAGGUUUAAUUGCACACUUGUAGUCCAAAUGUGUCAAUAGUAGUGGGAAAAACAUUGCCAGUAUGAUACAUUUUAGAGUGUGAAUAAACCCUUUUGAGUUGUGGCCCUGUGGGGCCACCAUGAGCUAAGUUGUGUUGGCCCUGUUAGAAUUGUACAUUAUACUGUACAUGACAUAUGCUAUUGUAAAAUACCAUAUGAAUAGAAAAGUUUUGGUGUAAAAAGCACGAUUAUGUUGAUUUUAUUGUAUUUAUUUAAUGAAUCUAAGGUAGGCCGGUUGGGCCUGGAUCUGUCAUGUACGUGGUAGCCAAACACGGUGCAAUACUGGCCCAGAGCCAUCGAGCCACCCACCAUUCAUGUUGGACCCUGCAUUUGUUCUAGUCUUUAUCAGUUCAUCUUAGUCAUUCUAUGAGUGCAGGAAGAAACCUGUAGAUUUUUUUUUUUUAAAUGAUUU